AUGAAGGAGGCGGCCGUGGCGGCGGCUCACGGUGAGUCGACGACGUGCGGGGACACGCCGCCGUUGUCUGUCUCCAUCAACGUGCCGGACUCGCGGUCAGCGCUCCACCCCAGCAGAUUGCCCCGUGCCAAGGACGCCGGCGUCGCACCACCAAGUGAGACACCACUAAGUGAGGUUCAGCAGCCGCAGCUCCACGCACAGCCGUCUAUGGUGCUCAGAGGUGGCGGGGAGGUACCGGCGGUGCCGCGGAGCGACAGCACGCGGGAGCGUGACCGCCGGUUCGACCAGUUCAAGACCUUCUCUGGUCGCCUUGAGCGGCAGCUCUCCACCCUCCGAGGAGUGCCGCAGGAUCCGCCGGCGCCUCACCUUGAUGACGGCGCCUCGUCUAACUCUGAUGACGAUGACGUGCCCACAGCCGACCGCUACUUCGCCGCACUCGAGGGCCCCGAGCUUGACACCCUUCGAUCGACGGAGGUCCCGGUGCUUCCCAAGGACGAGACGUGGCCAUUCCUUCUCCGGUUCCCGAUCAGCGCGUUCGGGAUGUGCCUCGGUGUGAACAGCCAGGCCAUGUUGUGGAAGACGCUCGAGUCGGAGCCCUCCAUGGCGUUCCUGCACGUGCACCCCACCGCCAACUACGUCUUCUGGUGGGUCUCCGUCGCCCUCACCGUCAUUGUCUCCGUCACCUACCUCCUCAAGGUCAUCUUCUACUUCGAGGCUGUCCGCCGUGAGUUCCACCAUCCCGUGCGCGUCAACUUCUUCUUCGCGCCCUCGAUCGCUUGUCUCUUUCUCGUCAAGGGUGAGCCGCAUCCAGUGUGGGAGAUCCACCACGUCGUCUAUAACCUCCUCAUGUUACCCAUCCUCUGCCUCGGCCUAAAGAUCUACGGACAGUGGAUGUCUAGUGGAGAGCGGCGCCUCUCCAAAGUGGCCAACCCGUCGAACCACCUUGCCGUUGUCGGCAACUUUGUCGGUGCACUGCUCGGCGCCAAGAUGGGCCUCAGGGAGCUGCCCAUCUUCUUCUUCGCCGUCGGGCUCGCGCACUACGCCGUGCUCUUCGUCACUCUCUAUCAGAGGCUCCCCACCAACGUGCAGCUCCCCAAGGAGCUCCACCCAGUCUUCUUCCUCUUUGUCGCCGCGCCGAGCGUCGCGUCCAUGGCCUGGGCCAGGAUCUCUGGCGAGUUCAAUGAUGGCGCGAAGCUCCUUUACUUCAUCUCUCUCUUCCUCUACAUGUCGCUAGUAGUGCGCAUCAACCUCUUCACGGGGUUUAGAUUCUCGCUGGCCUGGUGGGCCUACACAUUCCCGAUGACAAGUGUGGCCCUAGCGACGGCGUUGUAUGCAUCAGAGGUGGACAACCUGUUGACGCGGGCACUAGCGGUGGGGCUGGCAAUGAUCGCUGUCGUGACCGUGACCGCCGUGCUGGCCACGACCUUGUACCAUGCCUUCGUGUGUGGAGACCUCUUCCCCAACGAUGUCUCCAUCGCCAUCACGAGGAGGAAGCCCAAGUUCAGCAAGAUGCUCUCGCAAAUUCGGUCGUCCAGCUCAGAAGUCAAGGAUCUCGUCCUCUCCAUCCCCAAUUUCAGUUCCAGCUCCAAGCACUCCAGCUCCAACUCCAGGGUGAGCAGCAGCGCCGGUGAGUGUCCGGUGAUGGCGCACGUGCACGAAAGAGUAGAGCGGGCGUUUGAUCGUCGGUGCACAACAGAUUGCAUGCACACACGUCUAGCUUAUAUUGACCAGUAG